AUGGUCGCUGCUGGCCAGGUUGCAAGGUGGUACCCGGACGAGGAUGAGUUUGCCCUCAUCGACUUCGGGCGGGAUCGGAUCGGUGAGACAUGGUAUCUCAACUUCCAGAGCAACCAGGCAAAGCCCCUACCGAAGCUGAAGGGCCAUGUUCUGGAGGCAGCGGCAUGGGACCCAGAAGCAACGACUACCAGUACCCGAGAUAUCCUCCUGGGCACACGAGCGGCUCAAAUCUUACAUGUCGUCAUCGAGGGAAAGGAGCGGACUGUGAAGUCAGUGUUCGAGUUUGAUCGGCCUGCCCCAGUGGUGGGUGUGCAUUGUGAACGGAUCUUCUCUUCCGCAGAUGGACUUGAGCGGCUUGUGUUUUUUGCAGUCUGCGGUUGCCGCCUCUACGCCUUCAUUGGGACAUCCUUGGAGAGUUUGUUUCAACGCCAAGGCGAAGCUUGCAGAGCAGUCUUCGAGGUGGAUGAUGCCUGCGUAGGGCCUCCCGGCACGAAAGUGCUCUUCUGGAUGACGGGGGUGGGAGUUCUUGCUGCCAAGAUCCAGCCCACCAUCGACGAGGACGCAGCUCUGGGCUCUGUUCUGGAGGCUCCACCUGGGCUGAUUGCCUUUCCUGCAACCACGAAGGCUCUGCCUCGUUCCGAUGCGGGGAGCUUGGUAACCUCUUUGCUUCCUGCUCCUGCACCGCCGCCGCGCUCGAUGGCCCUGACAAAGUACCACAUCUUGUUCGCCUUUGAGGACCGCUGGGUCGCUGUGAGCCGGAUCACCCACGAAGUGGUACAGCAACAAGAUUGGGCGAUGUCAACAUACGGACCCCUCCGGAGUUUGGCUCGCGACCAGCACGGUGAGCGGCUUUGGAUCUGCUCGGAGCGCCAUGCAUUCGAAGUGCUUACGGAGAAGGAGGAUAGAAACGUGUGGGCUUUGCUCCUGAGAUUCCAGCAGUUCGACGAUGCCUUAGCUGCAUGCAAGAAGCAAUCUCAGAGGAUGCGGGUGCUCGCCGCCCAUGCCGACUGGCUCUUCCGGGAAGGCGAAGGCAUCGAGUCUGCCCGGAAGUUUGCUGAAGCCACCGCUGUUCCUUUUGAGCAUGUGGCCUUAAGAUUCCUUGGUGCAGAUAUGAAGGCAGCACUUGUGGAGUAUCUUCGAUGUCGGCUCACUCGUGCAGACGAUCAGGUUACCCGAGCUUUGCUGUAUGUUUGGGCCGUGGAGAUUUCCCUGGCAAGAUUAAACGCCGCGAGCUUUUCAAGCAACUUUGAAGCUCGUGGCUCUGAAGAGCGCCAAACCCUUCUGAACCUUCUCAAAGAGAGCCGUGACCUAGAUGUGCAUGCCACCAUCUACCACCUACUGCAAAGUCAUGGCUGGCUGGAUGAGUUGGCGCAGUUUGCCGAGAUUCGGCGAGAUUUCACGACGGUCAUCCUGCACCACGUGAGUCGGCGGGAGUAUGGCAACGCCAUCCAAAAGCUCUCAGAUUUCAAAGGCUCCAAUGCACAGGAGCUUGUCUGUCGCUUCGCUCCGGUUCUCUUUGGAGCCGAGCCCAAAGCAUUCGUUUCGCUUCUGCUGCGGCCACAGCUGUCCGGUGUGGAUCCAUUGUUGGUGCUCCCCGGCAUCUACACGCCCAGUACAUCUCCCACACAUAGGUUGGAAGCCAUGCGCUAUCUCGAGCAUGCAGCGCGUCAUGCGCUGGAAUUCUCCGGCCAUGCGGACGUGCGCGCGAGCUCUUUCCGGACAGGCAGCUUGCUGCACAACCUGGUGGAUGAUGACGGCACCGGCGGAGCAAGUCAACGGUUUGGUUGGGCCACAGGCACCGCCAUACUCAACACGCUCGUCUUAUGUUCAGCUCAGUACUUGGAAGAUGGUAACAAUCAUGAAGGUGAGGAAUAUUCCACCGCUGAUGCAGUUCUCAUGGGUGCCGGAAACGACGCAGAGAGGGCCUUGUUGAGGCUCCUAACAGCCGAGGAGUCCAAUCCGUUUAUGGAUCCGCACUUCGCGCUUCGAGUAUGUCGACAAGGAGAUUUGGUGAAGGCCCAGGUCUUCUUGUACGGGCAUAUGGGUAUGCACGAGGAGUCCGUUGACGUGGCGCUGCAGCACGGAGAUGUGGCGUUGGCCAAGCAAAGCGCUUGCAAACCCCCUCUUUCUCAGAAGAGAUUGCGACGAAAGCUCUGGCUGAAAAUUGUGGAGCAUGAAGCUGCAACCUGUGACGUGCAGAAAAUCAUUGGGUUGAUCAGGGAGUCGAAGGAGCUUACCAUCCGAGAUGUGCUGCCAUAUCUCCCAGACUCGAUGACCAUAGAUGCUUUCAAAGCCGAGAUCUGUGAGUGUUUGGACACCUACGAGGGUCAAAUCGUGACCUUGCGGCAGGAGAUGGAUGACCACCGAAGGGCAUUGAAAGCCUUCAAGGAGGACUUGAAGCAGGCGGAGGAGCGUUGUAUUGUGGUGGCGCAGGAUCAAGCCUGUGAGCUCUGCGGCGGGGAUGUCUUGCGCGAGCGAUUCUAUGCUUUCGCCUGCGGCCAUUGCUUUCACGAAGCCUGCCUCCGCGCAUUGAUUCCUGGUUCCUGUUGA